CUGUCUCGGCGGCGCGAGCCGCAACAGGCAGCGGCGGGCGAGCGCGAGGGCUGCGCGCCGGGAGGCCCCGCGCCUGCGUGCAGCUUCUCGCUCGCUCGCGCGCUCGGCGGGCGGGCUGAGGAGACCGGUCGAGCCCCCGCCGCCACCGCCGCCGGGGAGAAGCCUGGGCGUCCUCUCGGCGUCGCUUCGGUUCCUGUGACCCCCGCGCCCCUCACCCCCGGCCGGGCCAUGGCGGAACGUGGAGGGGCGGGCGGUGGUCCCGGAGGCGCGGGGGGUGGUAGCGGCCAGCGAGGCUCUGGGGUCGCCCAGUCUCCGCAGCAGCAGCCGACGCCACCGCAGCCGACGCCGCAGCAGCCAACGCCCCCCAAGCUGGCCCAGGCCACCUCGUCGUCCACGUCCACCUCGGCGGUGGCCGCCUCCUCCUCGUCCUCGUCCACGUCCACCUCCAUGGCCGUCGCGGUGGCCUCGGGCUCCGCGACCCCCGGCGGCCCGGGGCCAGGCCGCCCCCCCGCCCCGGUGCAGAUGAACCUGUACGCCACCUGGGAGGUGGACCGGAGCUCGGCCAGCUGCGUGCCCAGGCUAUUCAGCUUGACCCUGAAGAAGCUGGUCAUGCUCAAAGAAAUGGACAAAGAUCUUAACUCAGUGGUCAUUGCUGUGAAGCUACAGGGUUCAAAAAGGAUUCUUCGCUCCAAUGAGAUCAUCCUUCCAUCCAGUGGCCUGGUGGAAACAGAACUCCAGUUAACCUUCUCCCUUCAGUACCCUCACUUCCUGAAGCGAGAUGCCAACAAACUGCAGAUCAUGCUGCAAAGGAGAAAGCGUUACAAGAACCGGACUAUCUUGGGCUAUAAGACCCUGGCUGUGGGACUCAUCAACAUGGCAGAGGUGAUGCAGCACCCUAACGAAGGCGCACUGGUGCUGGGCCUGCACAGCAACGUGAAGGACGUCUCGGUGCCUGUGGCAGAAAUAAAGAUCUACUCCCUGUCCAGCCAGCCCAUUGACCAUGAAGGAAUCAAAUCCAAGCUGUCUGAUCGUUCUCCUGAUAUUGACAAUUAUUCUGAGGAAGAGGAAGAGAGUUUCUCUUCAGAACAGGAAGGCAGUGAUGACCCACUGCACGGGCAGGACCUGUUCUAUGAAGAUGAGGAUCUACGGAAAGUAAAGAAGACCCGGAGGAAACUCACCUCAACCUCUGCCAUCACAAGGCAACCUAACAUCAAACAGAAGUUUGUGGCCCUCUUGAAGCGGUUUAAAGUUUCAGAUGAGGUGGGCUUUGGACUGGAACACGUAUCCCGGGAGCAGAUUCGUGAGGUGGAGGAGGACUUGGAUGAACUGUAUGAUAGUCUGGAGAUGUACAACCCCAGCGACAGUGGCCCUGAAAUGGAGGAGACGGAGAGCAUCCUUAGCACUCCAAAGCCCAAGCUUAAGCCCUUCUUUGAGGGGAUGUCGCAGUCCAGCUCGCAGACGGAGAUUGGCAGCCUCAACAGCAAGGGCAGCCUCGGCAAAGACACUACCAGCCCUAUGGAAUUGGCUGCUCUAGAAAAAGUCAAAUCUGCUUGGAUUAAAAAUCAAGAUGACAGCUUGACUGAAACAGACACCCUGGAGAUCACUGACCAGGACAUGUUUGGAGAUGGGAGUACAAGCCUGAUUGUGCCAGAGAAAGUCAAAACUCCCAUGAAGUCCAGCAAAACAGAUCUCCAAGGCUCUGCCUCGCCCAGCAAAGUGGAAGGGGGGCACACUCCCCGGCAGAAGAGGAGCACACCCCUGAAGGAGCGGCAGCUCUCCAAGCCCCUGAGUGAGAGGACCAACAGCUCCGACAGCGAGCGGUCCCCUGACCUGGGCCACAGCACACAGAUUCCAAGAAAGGUGGUAUAUGACCAACUGAACCAGAUCCUGGUGUCAGACGCAGCCCUCCCAGAAAAUGUCAUCCUUGUGAACACCACUGAUUGGCAGGGCCAGUAUGUGGCAGAGCUGCUCCAGGACCAGCGGAAGCCUGUUGUGUGCACCUGCUCCACCGUGGAGGUCCAGGCUGUACUGUCUGCCCUGCUCACCCGUAUCCAGCGCUACUGCAACUGCAACUCCUCCAUGCCGCGGCCGGUGAAGGUGGCAGCACUGGGCAGCCAGACCUACCUGAGCUCCAUCCUCCGGUUCUUCGUCAAGUCAUUGGCCAGCAAGACCUCCGAUUGGCUUGGCUACAUGCGCUUUCUCAUCAUUCCCCUCGGUUCUCACCCUGUGGCCAAAUACUUGGGCUCAGUCGACAGUAGAUAUAGCAGCACCUUCCUUGAUUCUGGCUGGAGAGACCUGUUCAGUCGCUCGGAGCCCCCAGUGUCAGAGCAACUGGACGUAGUGGGGCGAGUGAUGCAGUACAUCAACGGCGCGGGUGUGACGCACCAGCUUCCUGUGGCUGAAGCCAUGUUGACCUGCAGGCAUAAGUUCCCUGAUGAAGACUCGUAUCAGAAGUUUAUCCCCUUCAUUGGCGUGGUGAAGGUGGGGCUGGUGGAAGACUCUCCUGCUACAGCAGGCGAAGGGGACGACGCACCUGUGGUCAGCCUCACUGUGCCCUCCACGUCCCCACCCUCCAGCUCAGGCCUGAGCCGAGAUGCCACGGCCACCCCUCCUUCCUCCCCGUCCAUGAGCAGUGCCCUCGCCGUCGUGGGGAGCCCCAGCAGCCCAUAUGGGGACGUGAUUGGCCUCCAGGUGGACUACUGGCUCGGCCACCCCGGCGAGCGGAGGAGGGAAGGUGACAAGAGAGAUGCCAGCUCCAAGAACACCCUUAAGAGUGUCUUCCGCUCAGUGCAGGUUUCCCGCCUGCCCCAUGGUGGGGAGGCCCAGCUCUCCAGCACCAUGGCGAUGACCGUGGUCACCAAAGAGAAGAACAAGAAAGUUCCCACCAUCUUCCUGAGCAAGAAACCUCGAGAAAAGGAGGUAGAUUCUAAGAGCCAGGUCAUCGAAGGCAUCAGUCGUCUCAUUUGCUCUGCCAAGCAGCAGCAGACCAUGCUGAGAGUGUCCAUCGACGGAGUCGAGUGGAGUGACAUCAAGUUCUUCCAGCUGGCGGCCCAGUGGCCCACCCAUGUCAAGCACUUUCCAGUGGGACUGUUCAGUGGCAGCAAGACCACCUAAGGGCACUGUUUCCUGGCACUGCCACCCGCCUCACUGCCUGUGGGCAGGGGGGCCAGCAGGCCCAGGUCCAGCACCCCCUUUCCUGGCCCUGGGGCCUGCAUCUCCCUUGCCUAGUCCCGAAGGACACUACCACUGGAGAUGCUGCCCCCAUCCCACUGCUCGGGCUCAUCCUGGGCGAGCCCUCCCUCCUUUUUUCCACCUCUUCCUUCCUCCUGCUGGCCCGAGGCAUGUUGAUUUUGCUUUCUGGUGCCAGUCCCUGGAAUUGAGUCCUCCUGGCCUGCCUUCGCCUGACUUCCAACCUCUUUUCCCCAGUGGCACUGGUCCCCUUCCUGGAAAUAGGCUACCUGGAAUCCUGAGCAGGGAGUCCAGUCCCCCUGUUUUCUACAGCCCAGCUCUCAGCCUGGCCGCCAGGAUCCCUCCCCUCCAGUCACGGGCAGCUCCCACCUCUCCCUCACCCCCGGACAGCAUUUCUGUGGCGAUGCUGUGUAUCUCUACGACGGAGUGGCCUUCCUGGUCUGCCCACACACAUUGCCUCACCACCCCCAAGUCCCCUGUAGCUGUGGCCUGUGUCCUGAGCAUUUCUUUGGUCCUCUGCACGCCGGUCUCGGUAGUGUAUGUGACGCACCUGGGCUCUGGUCCCUGCCCCGUGGCUUCCCUUGUUGAUGACUCUCCCUCUGCUCCCGCCCCUUCACCCAGCACAGCUCUGCCUCUUCCUGAAACGCUGGACUCUGCAGAGCUGGGAGACAGACCCCCACAGUGUACUGUCUGUGGCCCCAGCCCCUUCACCCCCUGUUCCCACUCAUGUCCAUUUGUCUCCCUUUCUCUGGUCCUGUACUUCCUGCCUCGCUCCUGGGCCCCUGGUUUGGGCUGAAACCCCAGCCUCCCAGCCCGGGGUCCCUCCAGCAGGCUCCAUCCAUACCUUCCCUCACUGGGGACUCAGGGUCUGAGCCCCUCAGCCUCGACCAUCAGCCUUCUCCAAAGAGGCUGAGGCACACUGAGUCCCUCCAUCCCCCACCAGCACCUCCAGAACUUUACUGUUGCCCUCACCCCUUCCAGAAGUUUGCACAUAACUUCCUUUUGAAAACUGUCUUUCUCAUUCUCCAUACCACCCUCAGACUCCUCCAGCCCUUACCCACGGCUCAGCCCCGCUACCCAGAGCAUCUCCUGGGCUGUGCCACUGUCCUGCCCCAAGAGGGUGGAGUGGGAGGGACUGAGUGGACGCUGCCUUUUUCAUUCAAUAAAUUGAUUUCUUACCAACUA